AUGGAAUUCCAUCAAUAUCCUCCCCAAAACUACAUGCAACCGGCUGGCCAACCAAACUCGGCACCCCCUCAUCACUUUGUUCAACAAGCUCCGGCAAAUGGUUUCCCCAUUGCCACAACGAACCAACAUUACCCUUCCCAAAACUACAUGCAACAGGAUGGUCAGGUCCCUUGGUCAACAGGACUCUACGACUGCUUCUCUGAUGUUCCUAACUGUUGCAUUACGUUUUGGUUUCCCUGUAUCACCUUCGGACAAAUUGCUCAUAUAGUCGACCAUGGAUCAGUCCCUUGUGAAGCAUGUGCAGCAAUCUAUGCAGUCAUCAGAAUGUUCACCGGGUUUCCUUGCAUAUUCUCCUGGUUCUAUCGCUCCAGAAUGAGGAGUCGAUACAUGUUGGAAGAGAGUCCCUGCAACGAUUUCUGCGUUCAUCUUUGGUGCGAGGACUGCGCCUUGUGCCAAGAAUAUCGCGAGCUCAAGAGCAAUGGCUUCCACAUGUACCUAGGAUGGCAUGGAAACAUGGCGGGGCAGAAAAAUCAUGGUAUGCCAAUGCAACCGGCUCCGGUGAUGGAAAGUGGCAUGAAAAGGUGA